AUGAGUAGACGUUCAGGUUCAUCUUUAACCCCUACGCCUGAAUCAGUGAAUAAAUGGAAGAUUCCACAUUAUUAUAAACGAGGUAGCAAGACACCUUCUAAAGCGUCAGCUCAAACAGUUAAGAAUUAUAACAAUUUAACUAAAAAUUUAUAUCCUUCGGAUAUUGGAUCAAGUUAUCCCAAGAGUUUGGAAAAUGGAUCACCAAAUGCAAUUUAUACUAGUGCCGCUGUCAGUGGUAUUCCAGGUAACAAUAUAAUAGAAACAAAUUUGGCUGAUGAAAAUAAAUUUUUCACCAAUUAUAAUAGUAAUAAAAAUACACCGAUUCAACAAACUAAAAAAUUAUCUAGAACUAGUGAAGUUCGAUUUGUUAAUUAUACAGGGAUAGAUAAUGGGAAUCAUACAUAUCCUAAUAAUGAAGAAUCACCCACAUCUAAAUAUUCCAAAAAAAUGAACGCCACUACAACUAGAAAUGAAUUUGAAAUAAAUUCAAAUAAAAUCAUACCCAUGUUUAAUAAACCAAAUAAUAUGAAUAGUAAUACUAAUAUAAGUCCUGGGACUUAUAGUACUGAAAUUAGUCCUCAAAAUAUUGAAUUGAAUAUGAAAUCGCCAAGUGAUUCUGUUGGAUCUAGUGGUAGUACAGGAUCAUUGAAAAGACCAUAUAUUAGUUUUUUAAAACAUGAUGGAUUUUAUAAUCCUGCUGCAUUAAGCAAAUCCAUUCAAACGAUUGGAUCCAAUGCAGGAACCCCUACAAGUUCAUCUUUCCCACAGCGGACGUUGGAAAUACAAGACAGCAUUAUUAAUAAUAAUAAUAAUAAUAAUAAUAAUAAUAAUAAUAAUAUAGAUGAAGAUAAUGAAGUUGUACCACGAUCUAAACCUGAUCCAAUCUUGGCCAAACCACCAUCGACUACUGCUACUACUACCACAUCGACGUCGACUACAACAACGACUUUUUUCAAUGAGAAUUUUGUUAGUAAUAGUAGUAGAUCACGUAACAAUUCGAGUACCAAUUCUGGUAACACCUCACGUAACACUUCUCGUCAUAAUUCUAUAACAAAUAUGAAGAAACGUACCAAUUCAUAUUCUAAUUCAUAUUCUAAUUCUAAUGGCAGUUCUAAUUUAAAUACCCCUUUAAACACACCUAAAAAUACAUCUCAAUUGAAUUCUCAAUUUAAUUAUAUUAAUAUUCCUAAAAAUAAGAAUGAAUUUCGAAUGAAUGAAAUUAGUCGAAGUCAAUCCAAUAAUGUUGCAAGUACGAGUAGUUAUAAUAAGAUGUCAUCUACAAUGACGGGUCAAGAUGUUGCCAGCAGUAGUCCUAAAAUGAUUACGAAGGUUAGUAAAGAUGAGAAUGAUGCUGCAAUUGCAUUUAGUAAGAUGUUUUCUACAAGGAAAAGAACAAAUACUGAAGAAUCGGCCUCAUCAUUUAAAAGUUUCCAAAGUCAAAAUCAAAAUCAAAACCAAAAUCAAAACCAAAACCAAAACCAAAACCAAAACCUAAAUCAAAUUCAAAACCAAAUUCAAAGCCAAACGAUACUUGCCAAUGAAGAGACAGCACCAAUGUAUUCACCUGUAAGAAACACCCCCACGACUACUCGUCGCAUGAUGUAUUCUAGAGUCAAUAUGGGCCGGAAUAGUUCAGGAAUGAAUGAAUCAAGAUAUCUUGAUAGAGGAAGCACUACCGAGGAGGACAUCUACAAGAGUCACAAGAGACAACAAUUAUCCAUCAGUGAUGUUAAUUUGGAACAUUCGAAAUCCAUGGGACAAGUAAUGUACGAGAGGAAUCCUAACAGAUUUACUGGGGUGAUUGAUGAAUUCCCACUUAGUAAUGAAGAAUUUGAAGAGACUAAAGAUCAACCCGUGAUAUUAGAAUCUUCUAAUGCCAAUGCCAACACAAUUGCAAGUGAGAAUAGUGGAUUAGCCAUUAAAUUUAAUAACGAACCCAAGAACAAACAAGAUAUGAGCAUAGAUGCACAUGAUAUAUUGAACGACAUUUUACAAGGGUACAGUGGGAACAUGAACAUGAAUAUCCCCAUUGACAUGAACUUGGAACUAUUGAAUGCCAAUACCAAUGAACCUGGGAUGGGAAACUCCACAGGGAGCCCCACAGGGAACCCCAAUGGGAACUCUACAGGAAAUGUAAAUGGAAAUGUAAAGGUAAACGCGACUGGAAAUUCAAAUGGGAAUGAAACAGGAAAUGACUUUGAUAUUGACUCGUUAGACUUGUUUUUCUCAGGAAACCAGAAUGAGCCAUAA